UUUCCUUUUGCUUUGUAUUUUAUCCUCUAACCAAGUACCUAUGUAACUUUAGUACUCGUAUACGUAAAACAUCGAAUUUUCGAGUCUCUUAUGUAUGAUUCAUUUCUUUUUCACGUCGUGUUUUCUACUAUUUUAAUUUUUACCGCUGUAUUUUGCUUAGUCGACGUUGAUCAUGUGACUGACCAGACAUUAUCUUUUAUUGACUAUAUUCUGGCGGAGUUAUUCGAUAAUACACCUGUUGCCAGCAGGGGAUUCUUAAGAUAUUCGUUUUGAGCUGAAAUACGCGCCAUGUGGAACGUGACUAAAACCGAUCGCGUAUUCAACCAGACAGAAGAAUCAAGAGUCGAACCGAUGUUUUCAAUUUGGCUUUUCGAUAUAAAAAACGUUCUGAGCGCCAUUUUAGUCAGCGUCUACGGGUUGAUUAUAUUCUUGGGAAUAUUUUGGAACGUUCUCAUAAUACGAGCGUACAUGAGCAACAGACUUCCUAGGAAUAUAAUCUUGUUACACGUUUGCAUUGCUGACUUGUUGGUUUGCUCAGUUUCUGGCCCAUCUACUGUGAUCAUAAUAUUGCAGCCUAAAUGGAACAUCGGGUGGUUUUCUUGCAAAGUCGUGUAUUUUGUGCAGAGCAUCCCUAUGGUGACCAGUACAAUGCUGCUGAUGAUGCUGUCCAUCGAUCGUUACGUGACCAUCAGGAGACCAGCUUUUUUCGCCAAAUUCAACCGUAAAGAUCAACAAUUGAAUAAAAUACUGGCCGCUAUUAGUUGGACAGUCGCGAUAGUAAUCUGCAUCCCAAUUUUGUUGGUUAGACAAGUAGACAACGACGUCUGCACCGACAUCUGGUCCGACCAAAUGCUCCGGAACAUCUACGUUGUUUGCUACAUCCUCGUACUGUACUUUUUACCAAUGGGUAUUGUCGCCAAAUGUCAUUUCUCCGUCGGCACUGGGAUAUUUUCAGCGUCCAUAUUCGAAGCAAUGGCUAAUGGAGAUGUCCCACUACCGAUGCCGAUUCAAGCACCGAACCAAGCUGUCAUUAUUUUGGCCUCGGUUAACGAAAUGAAUCCGAUGUUCACAAAAAACGAACGAAAACUAUCGACGAACCAAGAGCUAGCCUUAGACGCCCGAAACGAGAUCCUCAAACGCCAAAGUGCCAAUGCAGUCGCCUCAGGUUCACGAGGAGGACUGCGCGAUCGGCUGCGAUUAUUCAGCAGAAGUAACAAUCAAUCGAUGUUUCCUCCAGCUCCUACUUCAUUCAAGGUACGUCGUAAAAUGGCCAAAAUGCUGAUUGUAAUGGCGAUCGUUUUCGCCGUCGCAUGGUUUCCCUACGUUAGUGGUCGUUUAGUUCUGGAAUUCGUGCCCGACUAUCGGUACUCCAGGUUGGUCGACUUGAUGUCGCUUUUCUUACUCUUGGGACACUCGCACUCGGCUCUGAACCCAUUCGUGUACUGGUUCCUGAAUCGCCAAAGUAUACCGGUUGAAUUCUCAUUUCGAAGCUGGCUUCCUUGGAAUUGGGGUAGUCAUAGGAGGAAUAUUUUACGUAGGAUGGCUCGGUAUAUUGCCGGAGAAGACGAUGAUCAUUAUUCUAGAUCGUCUUCUACUAACGAAGCUCAGCUUGGAGUGUUUCAUCCGAGAUUUACUCGACCUCGUCGAAAUGAUCAAGCUGAAGAUAUGGUCUAAGGUGUAUCGCGAUGGUCAGAUUUAUAUACCCAGUUCCUUUGCACUCGAUGUUUUAUUAUUUUUUAAAUUAUGGAUUUUUUUUGAGAGAGAGAAUUGGAGGCAUUUUGAAAAAUAUUUUAUUCCUAAAUCGAAACUCAUUCAAUUAUUUAUAAAAGUAUUUAUCGCGAUGAAAUCGUGAAGAGAAAAUUUUUCUCAGCAAUAAAAAAAUACACAGUCUUGGUAAAGCGAGACUCUAAAAUUUCAUACCACAUCUCUCAGCGUCUUCCGAUGAUGAAAUACAAGCAUGUAUUUGUAUCUGUCGAUUUUCCAAGACGAAUAUAGCAGCUAAUUUGUAUCGUAUGUACGCAAGAUUGUAAAAUCGUCACGUUCGUUUACACGUCAUCUUUCGAUUAAUAUUUUAUCGUUUUGAAAACUUUAUUUAUUUUAUCGUACAAUUUGAUAAUCCUGAAUUCCCUGCUCCUCUGGACACGUUUUGGCAAUAUUUUGGUGCUGAUUUAACGUGGUAAAAAAGUGGGACCAAAAUACGUUGCCUAAAAUCAGCACUAUAGUCGUAGUUGAUUAAUUUCAACAUUUUGUAUGCAUACUCAAAGUAGCAAAAAAAAGUUGAAAAUUAACAAUUUUUAAUUUUUUGCUUCAAGCAGUGUGAGAAAAAUUGUCAAUUUCUGCCAACGAAACGAAUUGCCAAAGGUGUCUAUUGGGGAUGAUCGUAUCAACUUUUUUGAAAGUUGGAUGAAAAAGUGGAUUGGUGGGUAAUGUAUCACAAUAAAUUGAUAAAAGUUGUAUUUGAACCUCGAAAAAAUCUGGUGAAGAUUUCGUUUCUUGACUCAAUUGUUACUUUCCUGCAAGUACAGGUCUUCAAAUUUGACUCAAUAUCGCUAAAAAAUACUCAUUUUUUUUGCAAAAAUAAUUUUUUAUUCUAAAAUUUUAUCGAUGGUUAUUUUUCAUUUCCGAAUUUUUUGAGUGGAAGUGAUUGAAGGGAGAGGGGGAGGAGUCACGAUGAAAAAAAUAGAUCACACGUUGUAAAAUUAUAAGAUUCAGUUUUGGGUUUUGGUCUUUCAGUUCUGUUUCAAAUUUUUUAACGAGUCCUCUUCAUUUCCAUUCUAAUUCUUAAAAGGCUUGAAAGUAGAAGUGGAAGAAUUUUCUCACGCAUGGGCGAUUUUUUUGUGAAACAGUUGAAUUUUGGAAGCUCAUAUCUCAAGAUUGUUCGAACGUACUCUCGGUGAUUAUUUUGGGGGAGGGGGCGAGGGCUACAGGUUAUAAAUCCAUUUGUGAUUAGAUUUUGAAAAACUCAGAAUUAAACUUUCAAAAUGAAAGCUCAAAUUUUUAUGAUGAAUCCAAAAAACCUCAAACCAUUAAAAAAGUAAUAGAAACAUCAACGUGUAGAAUUUUUGAGGACUCUGAUUUCGAUUCUGAAAUUAGUUUGACCCCAAAACCAAAAUUUUAUUGUUGCCCUGGUAAAGGAAGUUGGUGCCCAGAAAUUUGAAAAAUGCAAUAUGGGUAUCAAAUUACACAGGUUUUCAAGGGCACUGAUUCUGAUUUUGAAAUUCGUUCAACCUCAAAAGCAUGAUUGAGCUUCCUAGAGAUAGAUUUGAGGCCCAAAUUAGAGAUGAGAUGAGAGGUUUAUUACUUGAUUAGAAAAAAAUGCAAUAUGGGUAUCGAAUUACAGGUUUUCAAAGAUGCUAAUUCAGAUUUUGAAACCAGUUUGGCCCAAGAACCAAAAUUAAGUUUCCUAAGAGGAGGGCUCAAGUCUCAAAUUCUUAUGUGUUUUGAAUCAACUUUAGGUAUCAAAAGUUCUGAUACUGAUUUUGAAAUCUGUUUUACUCCAAAACCAAAAUCAAGCCCUCUAAGCCUCAGAAGAAGUCUCGAGGCCAAAUUUUUUGAAAAAUCAAUAAAGAUGUCGAACGAUUAGUUUUCAAAAGCGCUGAUCCGAAUCUAAAAUGUAUUAUUUGACCUCAAAAUAGGUUUAGCAUUAUAAAUUUUCAAUUGAGCUGAAUCAAAUCCUUAGAAAUAUUUAACCUCAAAAUCAAAACUGGACCUCCAAAAAAGAAAUUUUGGUGUUCAAAAUGUUUGAAAAAUGCAAUCUGAUUUUGGAAUUGGUUUGACCCAAAAUGAAAGUCAAGUCACUCAGAGAUGAGCUUGUGCCCAGAUUGUUGGAAAAUUCACUUAAUUUUGAUUUUGGGAUCAAACAGUGUCAGAAUCAGUGUUCUUAAAAACUUGAGUAAAUAUCUGAAGCAAAUUAUACGUACUUACAUUUUAUGAAACUUUUGGCACCUAAGCCUCCCUCUUGGAGACCAAAUUUUGGUUUUUGGAUCAAGUGGGGUUCAGAAUUUAAAUAUAAAUAGGUAGGUACUCAUUCUACAUUCUUCGAAAUUUGGAGGCUAGAUCCUCUCCAAGGGGCUCAUAAAAAUAAAAAAUAAAUCAAAUUUAAACUUUAAUGACAUAUUUUUAAAAAUUAAUUUUAAUUAAGUUAUAUUUUUAUUCUUUAAGACUUUAGAUUAAUUGAGCUACAUAUUAAUCUUCAAAAUUAAAGUUUUUAAAUCUUAAAUUUAAACUUAAAUUAAUUAUUAAAUUUUUAUUUUAGCCUCAAACCUAUUUCAAAAUCAGAAUGAGAAUCAACACCCUCUAAAAUCAAUACUUCGAUAAAAACCGAUACAAUUAUUGUAUUCGAUGAUUUGAAAUUUUUUCAAUCCAAUAUCGUUUUUUUGGGGUCAAAACUUUAAACAGACAUACUUAUUUACUCAAAAAAUACAAAAUGUGAGAAAAAUCUUCAGAAGUACCUACAUUAGAAGGGGUGGAGGGGAAUAAUCCAUUUCGUUCCAAACUUCAUUCCGGAAGCCUCCUGUUUCCUCCUCUCACCAUCGUUGCCAACUUCAUCCAAAAGGCAUUAUUCCGAAUGACUUUUGAUCCUGCUUUCAUGAAACCGGCGAUAAUUCAAACUGCUACUUUCAAGAUCAUUGAUAUGAAAAUUUCACCCUCUCCUCCUCACCCCCCCCCUAGUCCACAUUUUUUUAAUUUAUUCUUUCAAUUUCGUGAAAUAUUGAAAGAAAAAUAAUCAUUUUAGUUUUUUCAAAAAGUGAUUUUUCACCAUCUUUUCUCUCCUUUCUCUGUCAAAAAACUCUUUUAUUUAAAAAUUUAAUCAUCAAUCUUUAUUGGGUCAAAAUUUCUCUAAUUUUUUCAUUUUCCUUUUUCUAGUUCAGUCAUUUUAGAUGAAAUGAGAGAAUUUAUUCGGACUAAUUCCUACAAAAGGUUUUUUUGCGGGAUACUGUAGUGGAAGGGGUCCUAUUUAACAUACUAAAAGUCCCACCCCGUACCCCGCGUGCGUCGCGUGCUAGAGCGUGAAAAGUGUCCCGCCGCGGCGUUUUUUGCGAUUUUCUCGCGAGGGUUUGAUUUUACGUCGAAAAUGGCUUUAUUUUUGUGUUCUACGUCAAAUUUCC